CGCCCUGUUAUUGCUUUCCUCUUCUCUUUCUAUUUUCUCUCUCUUUCUCUCCCUUGGCUGAUCAGUUUUAUUUUUAAAAACAUUAUACAUAUAUAUCAGUUAUAUAUCUCAGCAAGGAAAAGCCACCAUUCUUUCCUGAUUUGAAGAGAGAUCAGAUAAUGUCAGAAGAUAUGAAUCUAUCCAUAAAUGGUCAGUCUCAGGUCCCUCCUGGUUUUAGAUUUCACCCCACAGAAGAGGAACUUCUUCAUUAUUACCUCAGAAAGAAAGUGGCUUAUGAAAAGAUAGACCUGGAUGUUAUACGGGAAGUUGAUCUUAACAAGCUUGAGCCAUGGGAUAUACAAGAGAAGUGCAAAAUAGGAUCCACCCCACAGAAUGAUUGGUACUUCUUCAGCCACAAGGACAAGAAAUACCCAACGGGGACCAGAACUAAUCGAGCAACAGCUGCCGGGUUCUGGAAAGCAACUGGCCGUGAUAAGAUUAUCUAUAGUGGGUUUAGAAGAAUUGGAUUGAGGAAGACAUUGGUCUUUUAUAAAGGAAGAGCUCCACAUGGACAAAAAUCUGAUUGGAUUAUGCACGAGUACAGGCUGGAUGAUAACACUAUCCAUGACUCUAAUGCUUCCAAUCCAAUUGGAGAUUCUGUGCCUGAAGAUGGCUGGGUGGUUUGCCGUGUAUUUAGAAAGAAGAAUUAUCAGAAAACCCUAGAAAGUCCCAAAAACUCCUCCUCAACUUCUCUGAAUUCAAAGGCGCAGAUGCUUUGCUCGGGCAACGAUGGGGUUCUAGAUCAAAUUCUUCUAUAUAUGGGAAGGACUUGCAAGAUGGAGAAUGAUUCAUUGAGCAACAUGAACACCCCCAACACCAACAGCAGUAACAAUCUAAGAAUGCCAGUCACAAACAACGCAGGAAUCAGCGAUGGGUUACAUGAAAGGUUCAUGCAUCUCCCCAGGCUGGAAAGCCCAACUCUCCCUUCACUUCCCAUGAGUAGCCCAUCCUUCGAUCAAGAAAGAAGCUUCAAGUCUUGUUACCUAUCCAUCGAAGAUUUGCUGACUGAAACUGAACCAUCUUCAAUCAACCAAGGGGGCGGUGCUUGUGAUCACACGGGUUCAGUAAUUGAGAAUAAUAAUGGGUCUAAAACUAUUGGCGUUAAUGACUGGGUCACCCUGGACCGACUUGUGGCAUUCCAGCUAAAUGGUCAAGUAGAGACAAGCAAACAACUAUCAGGUUUUAGUGACCCUAAUGCGGUUUUCAGUCUUUGUCACGAUGAUGUUAUUCAAUUAUCGAACAUAAAUUUGCACAGAUCAAGUCAGAAUUCGCAGGUCUAUGGCAACGAGAAUGAUCUAUGGAGCUUGACGAAGUCAUCUUCACCAUCUUCAUCAGACCCAUUAUGCCAUCUGUCGGUAUAAUUGAAGUACAUGUCAAGAUCAUAUAAAGAAGCCUGCUUAUGUGGAUAUAUAUAUAUAUAUAUAUAUAUAUAUAUAUAUAGAGUAGAGAGAGAGAGAGAGAGAGAGAUUUAUAUGCAUAUGUGUUUGCAUAAAUAAGGGUGAAAUAUGAGAGAUGGGGUGGCAUUGUCAAGUCAUUAUACUUUACUUAAUAACGAUUUCAUCGAUCUAAUCACCACUCAUAAUCUCUAGAGGAAGGGUUAUUAUAGAGAUUAGAGAUUAAUAGUUAUUUUCUGCUUGUAAUCAUUUCUAAGGGGAUUGUGGUCUCCCCCAAUUCGUUAACUAUCUUAAAAAAAAAGCUUGACAAAGUCUAACCAUAGAUUAGUGCUGACUUUAGAGUCUGGAAUGUGGGUCUCAUGUGUCCAAUGGGUCUCACACCAAAAACACAAAUAAUUAUAUCCACUUGGUUGCAUCACAUUGGAACAGGGUUUGAAAAUUAAAAAAAAAAAAAAAAUCUAAUCAAAACCAUCAAUCUGUUAUGGUGGUGUCGAUCGAGGAAGAUUGAGAAUUGAAGGAUACUGUUGUCUCACCUAACAUUAUAGAGCCUAUCAAGAUUUGGAGGAUAAAAGGCCGCCAUCUUUAAGGAAUUAGGAUAAGAUGUUGCACAGAAAAGAAAAGCACGAAC